AUGCGCCACCUUUGGCUGUGUGUGCUGGCGUCUCUGCCGGGAGCAACCGCGGUGGGGAGGCAGUCCUUGAUCCGCCAUGAGGUACUGGCCGAAGGUGCAGCUGCGGGCAGUCAUUGGGUGGAGCAAGCAGAGGUCGCGAGCGCUUGCGUGGACUGCUGCAACGAUGGCAAGGCCUACGUGCCGUGCCUGGAUGUGCAGGCCUGUGCGGCGCAGGCGCCGGCCACGGGCAGGUACGCGCUGAUCUUCUCGUACGUUGGGCGGUUUGUGCCCAAGGUGCUGGAGUAUCUGAACUCUGCAAGAGCAGCAGCACUUUCGGCCAACAAGGCCGACCUCCUCCUCCUGAUGACAAAGUCUGAUGUCAAAGCAAUGGACGCGUCUUCGCGACGAGACUUGGAGAAACAAGGUGUUCAGCUGCGCAUCGUGGACUGGUCCCUGCCACCUGGCAUGCGCUUCACGAAGGAGGAGAAUUGGUGCGGCCAGAAAGACUUCAUUCGUCUCCAUGCCCUAGGACUCGAGGAGUAUGACGCCGUUGCUUACUUCGACAACGACAUCGAGUUCCAGGGUGACAUCACUCCGCUGUUGAGAUGUGCAGCGGGAGGUCACUUCCUGACGACCAACGGCGGCAUCGGGGAAGCCCUGAAUGUCGGCUUCUUUGCACUGCAGCCCCACAAAGCUCUACUGCAAGCGGCCGUGGACUUCGCGCGCCAGGCAGACUACUCCGAGCUCACCGGCUGGGCCAACGAGGGCUGGCGGCCCAGCGGCGGCUACUACGUGGGCGGCGAGUGCGGCCAGGGCUUCUUCCACGCCCUCUUCUACAAGCGCAGCGCCUCACUGAGGGCGCGGCUGGGACGUCUGGGAAGGAACUGGACCUCUGCGCAGGUGGACAAGUGCGUCUGGAAUUAUCAGACGAGCUUCCAAUGCCGGCGGGGCUUCGACUGUCGGCGCGUGCGGGUGCACCACAAGCCCACAAGGCCCGGCUCCGACCCUGAGGAGUGCCUGAAGAGCCAGGCGAGGCCGAAGAGCCCGGAGAGUUCGAGGACCGCCGUGAUGACCUCUGUUAGCGCCCAAGCCGCCUUCCGGCAAGAUGUUGCUGUGCCGGCGCAGGUGGGCUUCUACUUCCCGGUCCACGACCAGGUGGAGGGGGUUGUGGCCGUGCUCCGCUCCGCGAGGCAGUUCUACCCGGAAUCGCCCAUCUACGUGCUGCAGGAUGGCGGCUCUGUGGACUUCGGUGGCCUUUGCAGGCAAACGAGGUACCGGUGCACCUUCGAGCGCGUGCCUGGCGAGAACAGCCGCUGGAACCCACACUCGUGGUUCGCACGCAUGCGGCGGGCUGCCGAGCUGUUGCAAACCCAGUACAUCAUCUACCUCGAGCCGGAUGUGAAGAUCACCCGGCGCCACCGACACGAUUUUCCGUACGAUGCCGGGGGCGUGCACGACAAUUUCAACCCGAUCAUGAGCCUGGAGACCAAGGCGUACCUGGAACGGCUGGGUCGCCAGAGGAACCCGUGCUUCAACGUGUCCUGGGCGCACUUCGGUCUCUGUGGAGGCUCCUACUACCGCACCGAAGCAGUUCUGGAUGCUUUCCGACCGGAGCAUGUCCUGAGCAUUGACUGGCGGCGUCUGCAGGCUCACGAGGGCGUGGACAAGACGAUGAGCAGCGACUUCGCCAUGGCCGUGGCGCUGGCAGCGCGAGGCUGGACCGUCUACCCCUGGGAGGAGAGUGCCCAGAAGUUCUCGGACGUCCCCACAGACCCGGAGAAGCUCAGUGCCUUCGCGGCCCAGUGGCCGGCCUUGAAUCCUUCGGCCGCCUUCCAGCACAACCACAAGGAGCUGUACCAUGCCGACAUCUCUGCCGCCGAUCGGGCGCUGUGUUCCACUUUUGCGGACCGCCCGCCCGACACGACCUGCCAUGGCUGCGUGUGGUACAAGGAUGGCCGGCCGGAGUCGAGGCUGUCCAUUCCCAGUGAGCCUCCUUUGCUCGAAGGCCCGACCAGCUUCGACUUCUCUGGGCCUUCGGAAGCUGCGCGCUGCCAUCGCCCGGCGCCUCAGUCCCUCCUCCUCCACCCGGACUACCUUCUCAACGCGGGCAGUGAGGGCCUUCCCCAGGCCGCCGGUCCCCGCCCCUCGUGGCUGGUCAGGGAGGACCUUCUGGUGGUCGACGCGCGGCCGCAGGCCCAUGGUGGCAUGCUGAUCCUCCAGCCCGUCUUCAUGGAAGCAGGGCCGCUUUGGGGCACGGCGUCGGCGCGGCCGCGGUGGUUGCGCGCCAUCCUUGCCACCAAUCGGCACCACGCCCGGCUGCACGGCCUCUGCCUGGUGAUCAGGUGGCUGCCGAGCAAGCCGCAGCUGCAGCCCUGGCAGCAGCGGCAGUGCGGUGCCCUCUCGGAGAAGGAAUGCACGAAGCGGUUCGAGCGCGAGAACUUCAACUGGGAGAAGCACCGGAUGCUGCAGGAGUACUUGAUGAGUCCGCAGAGCUUCAGCCACGUGAUGCUCCUGGAUGCCGAUGCCGCUCUUAUCCGCCACGAGCGCAACAUCUUGGCGGACAUGGCGGCGAUGCUGGACAAAGAGGGCCGAGAUGUGCUCUUUACGGAUGAAGACUGGCUGCUCCACGGGGCCAGCAGGAUCAACGGUGGGGUCAUCCUGGCCAAGGGCAGCCAAUGGUCGCAGGACCUGUUCCGGGACACCGUGGACGCCCACGUGCUCGGGCCCCAAGGCCUCAAGACCUGGCGCGUCGGCAUCCAGGACCACCAGUGCAGCAGCAAUGAGCAGAUCUGCCUCAAUGAUGUCAUUGGCCUGGGCCCGGUGAAGCAGCGAACCUUGCUGGCGAGUGGCGUUUCCUACAACCGUGGAGGCUGCACGGUGCGGAAGUGUGGUGAGCCUAUCAGCGAUUCCUCCAUGGAGCAGCUGGGCAUGGAAGACGCGCGGCUCCGUAUCCUGCACUUCAUGGGUGACCAUGCCUUGGCUGACAACGUCCUCUGUGACGGGCCAGUGGACUACACCGGCGAGGGCCCCAAAGGUUUUGGCUGCAGCGUCCUUGGCUCCUCGCUGCUUGCCCUGAACGCCUCGGCGAAGCCUGCCAUCAAUGAGUCGGAGCCGUGGACCUUCCUCUGCUGCUGA